AUGCCUCAAAAUAACACAAAUCAACCAGACAAAUCUUGGCUCGACUUACAAUUUAAUGAUAUCGAUCGAAAAGUCAUCAAGAAACCAGAUCAGAUCGAAAUCGACACGAAACAUUAUGACUCAUUAAUAAAUCCAGAUGACAUACUGGAUCGUAUUAAAGGCUCAAUGUUUGGUUUGGCCUUGGGUGAUGCUCUAGGUGCUCACGUAGAAUUUAGACCGCAAAGUUACUUGAUUGCUAAUCCAGUCACAGAUCUUGUAGGAGGAGGGACAUGA